GUGGUACUGUUGAUGUGACAGUUCACGAGGUAACAGCAAAUGGAAAACUAAAGGAACUUCACAAAGCUUGUGGUGGUGCCUGGGGCGGGACACGGGUUGAUGCUUCAUACUUUGAACUAUUCAGUACACUUUUUGGUCAUCAGCUGAUGGAGGACUUUAAAAGGGAAAAUAAGUAUGAGCACUUGGAUAUGGAACGUGACUUCGAAACCAAGAAACGAACGGUUAAAGAUGAAAGUGCACGUGUCAACAUCCACGUGUCAGCAGCUUUUGUAGAAUUUGUACGGGAAAAAACGGGAAAGUCCCCACAAGAUAUUGUUACUGAAAAAGGUAUGGGCGACAAACUUACAUUUAGGAGAGACAGAAUAAUGUUCCAGGGCAGUGUUAUCAAAGAGAUGUUUGAUCCCUCCAUUCAAAGUAUCAUUGAUCACGUGAAAGACGUCAUCCAGAGUCCAAAAGUACAAAGACUCGACAAAAUAUUAAUGGUAGGUGGCUUCUCAGAAUGUGUCCUCGUGAUAAAGGCAGUGAAGGCAGAGUUCCCAGAUAUUCAUGUAGUCGCUCCCGACGAACCAGGCCUGGCAGUUUUGAAAGGGGCAGUAAUAUUUGGUCAUUCGCCAGAAGAAAUUUCAUCACGUGUUGUGAGAUACACGUACGGUGUUGCUGUACAAGGUAAAUUCACUGAAGGAGUCCAUAAAGAAGAGAAACGAGUUAAAGAUGGAAACGAGUCUUUGUGUAAAGAUUUAUUUGGUAAAUUUAUUGGGAUUGAUGCUGAUGCUGGCAGCGAAGAUGUCAUUAAACGAAAGUAUGACAUAUCAAAUCGAUACGCCUCUCUUAGUAUUGCCGUGUACGUUUCAACUAAAGAAUAUCCCGUAUAUGUUACUGAUCCAGAUUGCUCGAAGCUGGGGGAAAUAUUGAUUAAAGUGCCCAUAGGUGGUUGGAGAACCAACUCCGAGAUAGAGGUACAGUUUGGAUUCGGGGGAACAGAGUUUACAGUGACGGCUACAGAAGUUAAAACUCAAAUACAGCACGAGGCUAAAUUUGAUUUUCUUAGUUAGACUAGUUAAACCGAUAUACUUCAUGCAAGAAAUCUAAACAAAUCCAAUAUACAAAGUGACUAAAGCAAAACAAUUCUUUACAAUGCAAAGCAUAUUUAUACACUACAAUUUUAAGUAUUUGGAAAUUUGUCUUUCUUAUAUUCAUCAAUUAAAAGGGAAGUUAAUGAAGUAAGGUAUAUAGUAGAUAGGUGUUAUCAAGAAUUCGAAUCUUAACUUGAAGUGAGAGGAAGGAAAAACAAGGAAAGAAAUUAGAUCAAGUAAUUGUUGAUUGAGUAGCGGUACAAGGAAAUGAACUUACAACAUUAUAAGUGGUGUCAACCAUAUUUUAUUUUUAAACGUUUUAAUUAACUUAGUAUUAAAGUACUAGCAGGGUAAUUCAAUUCCAUGAAAUAGUUUCAAAUUUAAGAUUUUGAGAUAAGGUCAUAUAUUUGUAUACUCAAUUAGCUCGAGAAUAUUGAGUUUUUAACGAAAAUUUAUACACUAUAUUCAGAAAGAACAAAUCGCCGGUAGAAAAAUGACAAUGCAACGCGGAAAUCUCACUGUUUCGUUUGUGCUAGGGCUUUUGGUUUUAUAUUACAUUUGUAUUACUGUAAAGAACAGUAAUGCCGUAUAUUUAAAUGUAUAAACAUUGUCUUGAUGAAGUUAAUCAGAUUUGUAUCAUGUACUCAAGUUGAUAUUAAUAACAUCUAACGUUCAUCUCAUACUCGGAAAAAAUAGUUCACUUACUGCUCAGAAGCUACAAGUCCCCCACUUCAGUUUUGCAUAUAUAAUUGGUGAUCUAAAUGUUUUAAGCAUUUGUUUUGUAACAUUUAUUGUAAAAAAAACAGGCUUGUAAGAUCUCUAUGAUUUAUAUGUGGCAGUUGAAUGUCUGAUACUUCAUUUUAGUACUAUUAUAUUUAUCUGGCUAUUGUUUUCUGUUGUUUACUGCUAAAGCCGGUGCUAGGGGGCGUCUUAUAUUGCAGCAUCUUAUAUUCUCAUAAGCAAUCAUACAGUCUGUAGUUUUUACCUGUUACUAUUGUUUUGGGAUCUGUCCUUUUUCUGAAUAUUUGUACAUUUGUAUUUUUAUCAUAUAUAUAUUUUUUUAAUUUUACAGCUUAAUAUUUCUAAUAAAAUAUAUCAUUGCUA